AUGAUUGCGCGAGAUUCUGACCCAGGGUUUUAUCCCCUCGAAGCCCCGGCGAUACUGUUCGGUAUCACUAUAGGCUUAACAAUGCUGGCAACUUUCAAGGCAUCGCAGCAGACCUUUCAGAUCUACUCAAGAACAAAGUCGGCGACCAAAUUGUACCCUUGGAUGAUCUGGAUCUUCCUCCUCGCCAAUAUCUCUCAAGCAAUAAUGAAUUGGCUCCUAGCACACGGAGACCUUUCAAAAAGCAUUGGUUUCGGUAUUGGAAGCUGUAUGCUCUGGACUUUACAAACACAACUCGCUCCCCAAAUACUUGCGAAUCGACUAGGGCUUCUCCUAGUAAAUAAAAAACGGGCAAAAAUGAUGAAAUUUGGGCUGUUGGCCAUAGUUGGGGUCAUUAAUAUUUCAGUGACCUGCAUAUACGUUGCAGGGUACUCUAUCAACCCGGAAUAUUUCACUCAUCUGCACAAGAUCUGGGACCCUAUCGACAAAGUUGUUGAUUUACUAAUCGACAUUUCGCUGAACACGGUAUUCCUACGGAUUAUUCAACAUGAGUUUGUUGCCGACGGUCUUCAAAAGUACCGACUAUUAUUUUACUGCGGCGUACUCUUCGUAUUGAUCUCAUUAUGUAUGGAUAUCCUCAUGAUUGUCAUGAUGACUGUACAGGAACCGUUCCUCUACGCUAUGACUCACCCAAUGGCCUACACUAUGAAAAUGAUUAUCGAAAUGACGAUGGCGGAUUUGAUAUCGUCGAUUGCAAAAAAACCACACCAAAUGCAAGAGUUUUCGGAACAGAUCUGUGUGAGUUAG